CUGGGCCGGCCCCCACAGCGCCUGGCCGGCGACGCAUGGAGCGUGCUGAGCCCGGCCGCCCCGACCGUCCUGCCGGGCGCAGCUGCCGCCCCGAGCCCGCCGGCCCUGGCCAGGCCCAGCCCCGAGAGCAAGAGCGAGAGCGAGGUGCCUGGCCCGGGCCCCGGCGGCCCACGCGAGCCGACAUGCGGCUCCGCGAACUGUCGCUGCGCCAGGACCCCGACCUGAGGCAGGAGCUGGCCUCGCUGGCCCGCGGCUGCGACUUCGUGCUGCCCUCCCGCUUCAAGAAGAGGCUCAAGGCCUUCCAGCAGGUCCAGGUCCAGACGAAGAAGGAGGAGCCCCUGCCGCCAGCCAGCAGCCAGAGCAUCCCCACCUUCUACUUCCCCCGAGGCCGUCCGCAGGGGACGGUGAACGUCGAUGCCGUCAUCGCCAAGAUUGAGCGGACCUUCGCCCAGUUCCCGCACGAGAGAGCCACCAUGGAGGACAUGGGCAAGGUGGCCAAGGCCUGCGGCUGCCCGCUCUACUGGAAGGGGCCGCUCUUCUGCGGGGCCGGCGGUGAGCGCACGGGCGCCGUGUCCGUCCACAAGUUUGUGGCCAUGUGGAGAAAGGUCCUGCAGACCUGCCACGACGCCGCCGCCAGGUUCCUGCACCUGCUCGCCAGCCCCGGCUGCCCCUACCUUGUGCAGGACGACUUCGUGCCCUUCCUGCAGGACGUGGUGAACACGCACCCCGGCUUAGCCUUCCUGAAGGAGGCCUCGGAGUUCCACUCCCGCUACAUCACCACCGUCAUCCAGAGGAUCUUCUACACGGUCAACAGGUCCUGGUCAGGGAGGAUCACCUGCGCGGAGCUCCGGAGGAGCACGUUCCUGCAGAACGUGGCACUCCUGGAAGAGGAAGCCGACAUCAACCAGCUGACGGAGUAUUUCUCCUACGAACACUUCUACGUCAUUUACUGCAAGUUCUGGGAGCUGGACACGGACCACGACCUUCUCAUCGACUCGCAGGACCUGGCCCGGCACAACGACCACGCCAUAUCCACCAAGAUGAUCGAGAGGAUCUUCUCAGGAGCCGUGACGAGGGGCAGAAAGGUACAGAAGGAGGGGAAGCUCAGCUACGCCGACUUUGUCUGGUUCCUGAUCUCUGAGGAAGACAAGAAAACCCCGACCAGCAUCGAGUACUGGUUCCGCUGCAUGGACCUGGAUGGGGACGGGGCGCUGUCCAUGUUCGAGCUGGAGUACUUCUACGAGGAGCAGUGCCGCAGGCUGGACAGCAUGGCCAUCGAGGCCCUGCCCUUCGAGGACUGCCUCUGCCAGAUGCUGGACCUGGUGAAGCCCCAGAGCGAAGGGAAAAUCACCCUCCACGACCUCAAGAAGUGCAAGCUCGCCAACGUCUUCUUCGACACGUUCUUCAACAUCGAGAAGUACCUCGACCACGAGCAGAAAGAGCAGGUCUCCCUGCUCCGGGAGAGCGAGAGCGAAGGCCCCGAGCUCUCAGACUGGGAGAAGUACGCUGCCGAGGAGUACGACAUCCUGGUGGCCGAGGAGGCCGCGGGGGAGCCGUGGGAGGACGGGUACGAAGCCGAGCUCAGCCCCGUGGACCAGAAGCUGUGCGCCCUGCGGUCUCCACUGGCCCAGAGGCCCUUCUUCGAGGCGCCGUCCGCGCUGGGCGCCGUCGAGCUGUACGAGUACGAGUGUGGGGACGACCACCUGCAGCCCUCGUGACCCGCGCCCCCCGGGCACCGUCCGUGGCGGCCUGCUGCACGCAGCGGCUUUCGUGUGGAAAGACAACAGGGCCGUUUGGCUGCUGAGCCGUCUUCCACAGAAGCUGAAGUGCGUUUGUACGGAACGGCGAAUCCUUAUUUAUUCGACACGGAAGCUGCUCAGACACGGACCCUGGAGCGCGUGGCCCCACCGGUCCAGGAGGACGCACCGCUCAGGACCCCCUGGCCGGGCCCGGCGGGGACAAGCGCUCUCGGGCCUCCGUGGGAAUCGGACGGCCCCUCUCCAGCUCCAGAGACCCAGCAUUCGACACGUACCGUGGGCCUGGCCAGCGGUUCAUCCCGCAGGGGAACCCGUUUCCGCUCCGAAGGGACCUGCCUCAGGGCCGCGUGACACGCGUGGACUUCCGGGCGCCGGGCGGCCGUGCGCGGUUCUUCUCCAGGAGCCAGCGCGUUCCAGGAGCCCGGCGCUGCAGCAGCCCCGGAACCUUCCGUCCACACGAGCGGCCCAGCACAGCCCUCCCCGCGGGGUGCGGGAGGGAGCGCCCACUCGGGUUUGUUGAUCGUUUUCCUGUUGUAAAUGUACAAAAUGUGUAAAGUUAACUCUUAUUUGCAGUGCAGAGCAGUUUAAAAA